GUCCCUCACUCCCACGCGCACGCAUAGGCAUAGCAAGCACCGCGCCCAGCCGGCCGCACCUCCGCUCCGCGCUCUCGCCCCGCCCACACAAUGCGCCGCGCUGCCGCGAUCCUCCUGUCCCUCGCCCUCGCAGCCGCCGCCACCACCACGGCGGCGGCGGCCGUGGCGAAGGCUCCCGUGCCGCCGCCGCCGCCGCCGCCGCCUCCGAACGUGACGGCGGAGAUGGCCAAGGGCGGGUGCAAGGCGUUCGCGGGCCUGAUCGCGGCGUCCCCCGACGCGUCGUCCACGUACCAGUCGGCCGUGGAGGGCGGCAUGACGGUGUUCUGCCCCUCCGACGACGCCGUGCGCGCCUUCCUGCCCAAGUACAGGAACCUGAGCGCGGACGGCAAGGCGGAGCUGCUGCUGUUCCACGCCGUGCCCGUGCACUACUCGCUGGGGAGCCUCAAGUCCAACAACGGGCCCAUGAACACGCUGGCCACCGACGGCGCCGCCAGGAACUUCAACUUCACGGUGCAGAACCGGGGCGACGUCGUCACCAUCGCCACGGCCGCCUCCGCGCCCGCGCGGGUCAAGUCCACGGCGCUGGACGAGGACCCGCUCGCCAUCUACGUCAUCAGCGCCGUGGUGGAGCCCGUGGAGCUCUUCAAGCCCGCGCCGGCGCCGGUGCCAGCGCCCGCCCCCGCCCCCGCUAGUGUCGCGGACGCGCCCAGGCCCGGCAAGGCCGCCGCGGGCCGGCGCCACCCGCCGCCCGCCGCGGCCGACGCGCCCGGCCCCGCCGCAGAGGACAACGCGGCUCCCGUGGACCAGAAGGACGCCAAGAAGAGCGCGGCCGCCGGCGCGCCGUGCGCUCUGUGGUGGCUCGCCGCCGCGCUGGCCGCGGCCUCAGCAUUGGCUUAGCGAUCGGUGUUGUUUGUGCCUUUAGUUUUUUCUUCCGGUGUUGAUCCAUUGGCGUGCGAUCGUGGUUUGUGAUGGCGUAUUUGCGAGGUUUGUGCUUUUUUUUUUCUCGAUCGGGAGAAAAUAGUGUAUGCCUGCUUCGGUUUAGAUGUUUCUUCUUGCCU